AUGCCUGUAUCGAAAUCAUUGGCAAAGGUCCAAAAGAACCUGAAAAGUGGAGGUAAAAAGCCAACUAUUCACCCCAAAGGUAGAAAAUUUCAACAGUUGGCGAGGGCAUCUCUUCGUGAAAAUAAGAUAGCAGCUAAGAAAAAAGCGCACAACGAACGUAGAUCACAGGAGCUGGCACGCAUCAAAUUCAUUCAAGAUGUUAUCAACAUUGAUUCAUUAAAAGAGAAGCCCACUUUCACUCACGAAGAAUCGGCAGUAUUCAUUCAGCAAUUCAUAUCAAGAGAUGAUGAAGAACUGGAUAGCUUGAGGAGCAAAAGGAAAGAGAACAGACCACCUGCGAAAAAACAAUUGUUACUCCAACAGAAAAAGGACUCAGAGAUGCAAGAGUUCGAAAACGGAUUCCUCUGUCCUGAUUUAACUGACGAGAAAAAUGUUAAAUUCUUGAGAAAAUGGAAUAAUUCAUUUGGAGCUUUGAGCACGUUGAAGCUUGUUAGAAUUAACAGAUCAGGCGAACAAGUAAUAGGAGGUAACACCAACUUGUCACCCACAAACGGAGACGUUGACAUGGAAUAA